UUCCCUUCCAGGGCCCACCUGGAGUUUGGACCGCCACUCGCUGGCUUUCACUUCCUUCUCACCAAGUCACCAUUCAUCCACGUACUGCCAUGGCUGCAUCCCUCUUCCUUCCUACUUCCUCCAAACCCCAAAACCCAGUUCCCAACCCUCCCAAACCCCGUUACUCUUCUACCGCUAAAAUCACCUGCUCCUCUCUCACAGCUCGAUCCCAGUCCGCCAAGCACCACCUCCUCAGCCUCAUCUCCGACCAAGAACGAGGCCUCAGCACCCAGAAAGACCCUGCCAAACGGGCCUCCAUCAUCGAGGCCAUCGACGCCAUGGCCGUUCUCGGCCGCGAUAAAGUCACUACUGGGGAUUCCCUAUCCGCUACAUGGCGGCUGCUCUGGACCACGGAGAAGGAGCAGCUCUUCAUCGUCGAGAAUGCGCGCCUGUUUGGUACUCAGGCCGGUGACGUUUUGCAGGUUAUAGACGUCGAGAAUAGGACUCUCAACAAUGUCAUCACUUUCCCUCCCUAUGGUGUUUUCUUCGUUCGGUCCGGUAUCGAAAUCGCUUCGCCCCAGAGGGUGAAUUUUAGAUUUACGAGUGCGAUUCUACGUGGAAAGAACUGGGAGGUUCCACUGCCACCAUUCGGGCAGGGUUGGUUUGAGUCCGUGUAUCUUGAUGAUGAGAUUCGCGUUGUGAAGGAUAUCAGGGGAGACUAUUUGGUUGUUGACCGUGCUCCUUAUUCUUGGAAAGAAUGAAGGGUGAAAGUAUGGUUUAUAUUUUUAUCAGCAUUAUGGGAACAUAAUGUUUGAAUCUCUAUACCUAGAUGAUGACAUUAGAGUUGCAGAGGAUAUCCGUGGAGACUAUUUAGUUGUUGAUCGUGCUCCUUAUAAUUGGAAAGAGUGAUGACUGAUGUGCAAUAUCUUGCUUUCAGGUUCUCUUUCUGCGGGCACAUGAAAGUUGAAACUCAUAGAAAGAAUUCUGCAAUCUUGUGUUUGGAAAGUGAUGCUCUUCCAUCCAUAAGAUGGCGCGCCCCAUUAUAGGUUAUUAGAUUCUUUAUUUUCUAGUCUUGUACGCUCUAUAUUGUUGCGAUAUCUGGUUCUAGUUCUUAUCCAAAAGCUACUCAUUAAAAAGAGAAAAAAAAGGUUAUAAUGUUAAAAGCUGCUUUCUUGUAAACAAUCUGGUCCAUGAAAAUCUCUCUCUCUCUCUCUACAUCUUUGUAUUAGUAUAUGCAAAGCCAGAAUAUUUGGUAACUGCUUGAAAAUUGUUAUUAUUAUCUGUUUGAAUGUACUAA